AUGGUGGUCCUGCGGGCUGGGCUCUGCCCUGGUCUCACCGAGGAGAUGAUCCAGCUUCUGAGGGCAAACAGCAUCCAGACGGUGGUGGACUUUGUGUCAUCAGACCUGGAGGAUGUUGCCCAGAAAUGUUCCCUGUCUUACAAGGCGCUGGUCGCAGUGAGACGUGUGCUCCUGGCCCAGUUCUCUGCCUUCCCCGCCAACGGAGCAGACCUCUAUGAGGAGCUCAAGAGCUCCACGGCUAUCCUGCCCACCGGGAGCCCGAGCCUGGACCAGCUGCUGGACUCCGGGCUCUACACGGGAGAAGUGACGGAGCUCAUGGGAGCCCCGGGCAGCGGGAAGACGCAGGUGUGCCUGGGCAUUGCGGCCAGUGUGUCUCUUGGCCUCAAGCAGCACGUCCUGUUUCUUGACUCCACGGGGGGGUUCACUGCCUCCCGACUCUACCAGAUGCUUCGAGCCCAGUCAGAGGAAGAGGAAGAGCAGCUGGAGGCUCUGCAGCGGAUCCAGGUGGUCCGUGUGUUUGACAUCUAUGAGAUGCUGAGCGCGCUGCAGGAGCUGCGGGAGCGCCUCUCCCAGCAGGUCCUGAGCUUCACGGGACCUCUCAAGAUCGUGGUGGUCGACUCGGUCUCGGCUCUGAUUUACCCGCUGCUGGGUGGGAAGCAGUCAGAGGGUUUGGCCAUCAUGAUGCAGCUAGCCAGGGAGCUGAAGACACUGGCCAGGGAGUUCAGCCUUGCUGUUGUGGUGACCAACCAGGUGACAAGGGACAGCAGCAGUGGUCCACCAAAGCCAGCCCUUGGCCGCUCCUGGAGUUUCGUGCCCAGCACCCGGGUGCUGCUGGAGAACAAAGAAGUCACCUUGGAGAAAGCCACCACGCAGCGCAUUGCUUCCUUGGCUAAGUCACCCCGGCAGCCAGUUGGGAGACAGGUGGAGCUGGAUAUUGGAAAUG